AUCUAACAUGUUAUCACAGCUUAGGUUAUAAUUUUUGUUUUUUUUAACGUUUUGUUUUCCUUGGUAUCUAUGCUCUCUCGUUUUUCGCAUAAACGCACAAUCCUGUUUUUAUUUCUUCUUUCAUCUUUAAGCAGUAGCAGCUGCAUCUUUACACCAUGACCAAAGAAGAUCAAAAUUAAACACUGAUCAAAACCUCCCCAUCUCCACCUUGCUUUGUCGUCCAUGAGCAACAUCAAGGAUUGCAUACCUUUAAUCCUUGAUCGUCAAACGGUGCAAUAUUCUAAUUGGGAGGAACUCUUCGAGGUUCAUGCUCACACAUAUAACGUGCUUGAUUACAUUGACUCCAAAAUGCCCCGUCCAACCAGAAUUUCUAAUUCCUUAUGGCAGCGCCUUGACUCCGUUGUCAAGCAAUGGAUUUACGGCACUAUCUCAACGGAUCUUCUCCAAACAGUUCUCUCGAAGGGGGAUAUGGCUCAACAGGUGUGGCAUAAGAUUAAGGCAAUCUUUCAAGACAACAAGAUGACUAGGGUUCUUUAUCUUGAAAAACAAUUCACUGACCUUCAUCUCUCGGCUUUUUCGGAUGUUUCCUCCUACUGCAAACAAUUGAAGUGUCUCAAAGAUCAACUAGCUAGCGUUGAUCAACCAGUUUUGGAACUAAUGUUGGUGAUGCGUUUAAUUGCUGGUUUUUGCAACACGGAUUUUGAUGUCGUAGCUGCAAUUUUUGCUCAAACCGAGCCUUUACCUAGCUUUGAAACAACGAGAUCUCUUCUUCUUCUUGAGGAAACGACGUGCACCAAUGAACAAUCGGCUCCGGCCCAAUCAUUUAUUACACAACAAACAGACUCGCGUUCGCAGCAACAACCGCAAGGCCGCAAUUCCUGCAGCGGCACCGGCGGCAACAGUAACGGUGGCCGAGGCUCCGACAAAGGUGGUGAGGGAUGUCGCGGUAAAGGAAGAGGCAUGGGGAAACCAUCUCCAAAGUCUAACCAACCUGCUCAAUCCUCACAACAAUCUCCACCCAACAACAGUGGGUCCUCUUAAUGGAUCGACCCACCUUUGCAAGGCCAAUAUGCUUGGCCUCCACCUCCUUGGUUCCACUCUCAACGUUGGGCUACCCCUCCUUUCCCACAUACUCACUAUGGGCAGCAAGCUUCAAUUGGGCAGGCCCAACAAAAUUCUUCUCCUCAGGCCCAACAACAAGCUUACAUGGCGGCUCCAACUAGUUAUGGUUCUCUCAUGUCUCCUACAGAUCUCGGGAAAGCGUUCUCCACCAUGACCUUGGAUACCCUGAAUGAUGGAUGGUAUAUGGACACGGGUGCUUCAUUUUACAUGACUAAUAUUCCUGGAUCUUCGUACGGGGAAAAUAUUAACGAGAUGCAAUAGUUCGGGGGACCUUUAUCCUAUCACCACUACACAUCCAUCUACAUUCUUAGCCACUUCAUUCACCAUCGUGUCUCCUUCCACUUGGCACUGUCGCCUAGGGCAUAUAGGCGCACCAUCUUUAAGCUUGCUUAGGAGUAGGAAUUUUAUUGAUUGUAAUAAGGAGCAUGACUCCACUUUUUGCAACUCUUGUCAACUUGGGAAACAUACUAGACUUCCUUUUCGUAUCUCUAAUAAUAAUACUAA